AUGGGUGGAAAACAUAGCAGGCCAUCUUCUUCCCACCACCAACAACAGCAGCAGCAAUAUGCCAUACCAUCAUCAUCACGUCCACAUCCAAAUGCGAAGCAUCACCAGCAGAGGAGACCACCAUCUAUUGAAUUCGUUGAUGAAUGGUUCCAAUCCAAGUUUGAAAGUACUCUGACAACGACAAGCAGUAGUAUUAACAACACGUUGGAGCAUGAUUUACCAGUAUUUUUACCACCUCCCAGUAUUUCAUCGGUGACCACGAUGGAUGAUAGCAAUGAUACAGCAUCGGCAGCCGAUACAGAUUUAUUCUCUACCUUAUCCUCUCUUUCUUCGAUAUCAACCUUUUCAUCCUAUCGGGCCCCUUCAACACCCCAACAAGGCCAUAGACGUAAAACAAGCACUAGUAUCAGACAACAAGAAUCACACCAUCAUCAUCACGAGGAAGAAUUUCAACUACAAAUUCAGCAAUGUUACCGACAACUGGAGACGGGUGUCAAACAUGGGCGAGUUGAAUGUUAUUAUCACUAUGCGCUAUUUUUGUAUCACGGCAUGACUCCAUCAGGCCAAGCCAACUAUCCACUCGCGUACCGAUGUUUCCGGUUAGCAGUCAAAGAACAACGAAAAAUCAUUCCACUUCUUCAAUCAUCCAAGCGGAGAAAGCAAUGGAGUGAGAUGAUCGCACACGCUCAAUACAAUAUCGGCGAAAUGCUUACAAGUGGAAAAGGUGUUGCGCGUGACCCUACUAAAGCGCUCGAAUUUUUUAAUGCAGCUGCAAGAAUGGGUCAUGCAGGUGCACAGUAUGAGGUUGCCAUGGCAACAUUGGAUAAUGAAUCCCGACAGCAAUGGCUGCACAAGGCUGCACUUCAAGGACAUCCAAGAGCUCAAACGACACUUGGCAAAAUGUUACUUGCAAACAACAAAGAGAAUGAAGCCAUCCAUUGGUUAUCAUUGGCUGCGGUGCAUCAUGAGAACAAAGACGCUGUCCUGCAACUUGCUCAUUUGUACAACCACUCUUGUCCCGACAAAGGACUUUCUUUAUGCACUCGAUUCCUUCAAUCACAUCCAAACGACAUUGAUGUCAACUAUCACGUGGGGUUACAUUGGUUCUUGAAUGGCGAUCCUUCACGCGCUACAACACAUCUGGAAAAAGUGGUUGGUUCUCCCAUUUCGACUGCCAAUGGCCAACCUACUGGAUCAGCAGCCAACCUUGUAGGCAUGGCACACCGUAAGCUUGGAAGGUUGGCAACAGAGGCUAUGCAACAUGAGAAGGCACAUGAACAUUACAAGAUGGCUGUAUUGACGGGUGACACUUUGGCACUUGGGAUGCUGGGACAGCAGUUUGAACAUGGUAUUGGAUGUCAACGAGACGUGGAGCAAGCGCUAGAAUGCUAUCGUAAAGCUGCCAAUGACGAAGAUAGCAUGAAUCGGAUACCUGCACAGAUGGCUUUGGGUACAUUGUUACUUGAAUUGGAUCGACCACGUGAAGCAAUCGUUUGGCUUGAGAAGUUGGCAUCAUCGACAAUAUCCACCAACCACGACAACGAUGAUAUUGAUCGGCGACGACAACAGCAGCAGCAAUACAGCAAAUUACGAUCCUAUCAAAGGAAAGCAGAAUGUAUGGUGGCAUCCUAUCGAUUGGAACACGACGCAGAUACUGGUGAACAUGCUCGUGCAUUGGAGACACUUGAAUCACUUGCUGAGAAGGAAGAUGGAUGUGUGGAAGCAUGUAUUGCAUUGGCCGAAUACUAUCAAGCAAACAACAAUGCCAGCAAAGCACUUGAUUAUCUACGCCUAGCAGCACAACUUGGUGAUGCAAACGCGCAAUUUAUGAUGGCAGAGCAUAUGCAACACAACGUACAAGAAGAAGCCUAUGUCUGGUACAAACGUGCAGCUCGUCAAGGUCAUCCCAUGGCUCAGCUACACGAAGCGCUUUAUCAUCUUCAUGACUCAAUGCUUCCCGUCAACGUCACACGCGAUCUUGAUCAUGCUGAGAGACUUUUACGCAAUGCAGCAGCUGCUGGGGUAUCGGAGGCCAUGGUACAUCUUGCUGGUAUGAAGCAUAUGUCAGAGGAUCAAGCGAUUGAAUGGCUACAAAAAGCAGCAGCACUCAACAACACCGAAGCGAUGCGAAAGCUGUCAAGCUAUAUCACCACGCUGGGAGAGAAGGCAGCAUUGGGAUGGUUACAAAAAGCGGCUGUUUCGAAUGAUGCACAGGCAUGGUACCAGCUUGGUCAAUGUUACAUCGAUGGAUCACGUGGUUUGGCAAAGAACACCUACAAAGCAACCGAGUGCAUGAAACGUGCCGAAGCAUUUGGAUGUAUUUCCGCUGGUUUUUUCAUUGCUUCCUUGUAUGAGGAUGGUUCCAAGUGGGACCUUGCUAUUGAAAAAUACACUAUGAUUGCCAACGACUAUCCUUCACAUGCCUUGCAAGCUCAUUUGGCCAAAUGCCGACUGGUUGUUAUUCGAGAUAUUGGAGACCACAAAUUACAGCAGGAAUCUAUGACACUACUCGCUGAUACGUUGAAGAAGAAGCAGCAUGAUGAUUGUGAGGCGCUGAUUGAAGCAUGGGAGUUGCUAGGCAUAUGUCAUGAGCACGGAUAUGGAACGCAGCGAAGCAUUAUUGAUGCUAUUGAUUGUUACUCGAGAGCAACUCUAGUCAGCCAGCAUCCACGAUUAUCCACGUCAAACUCAUUUCAUUGGAUACAAGAACGAACGCGUUGUAGACUUGCCACAGUACUUGUUGCACAUCACAGAUAUGACGAGGCACUUGUUGAGUUACGGAGACUUGAGCCCUAUUUGGAUCAAAUGCGAGGUCAUCAAGCAUCAUCAGAAACUGUUACUCAAGCCCGUGAAGCACGUUUUCUUUUGGGAUAUCUACUUUUACACCAAAAGAACAAUGACUCGCAUCAAGAAGAAGGCGUAAAAUGGCUCCAGGAAGCUGCUGAUCAAGGCCACACACAGGCGAUUUAUGAGUUGGGCAAGCAUGCGAUGGAUGUGGAUAAGGAUGAUCAAGCCAAAUCGUUUUUUCGCAAGGGCGAUGUACUGGGUCAUGCUGGCUGCAAACGUGAAUUAGCGCUGAUGAUGAUGGCGGUGGCGCAUGAUGAAAAAGACCACAAUGACGACGACUAUCGCGACUUGCUUGAGACUGCAGCUGAUAUGGGUGACACUGAAGCCAUGUUCCAAUGCGGCUUGCUUUAUCAAUUCUCGAAGGGAAAGAAUGAUCUCGACUUGGCCACGCAACUCUAUCUCAAAGCAGCUACCCAUGGACAUCCAUUUUCAUGCGUCUUUGCUGGAUAUACAUGUUAUCUAUUGCACCGGAAUGAGCAGGCUGUCGAAUGUUUUCUUUUAUGCGAGCAUCAUUGGUUGGCGAAAUUUGGUCUUGCUGCAUGUGGAUUUGAAAGCGGUGAUGCUAGUGAUCGACAUACAUGGCUACAAGAAGCUGAAGAAGCAAUACCAAUCGAUCCAUCAUUGUUGAUCAUCUCCCAGGAACGGCGUAUUUGGUGCGAAGCAUGUGAAUACCUUGGACAAUGUUAUGAAACGGUUGUUCACGACACAUCACGUGCCAUUGAAUGGUACACGCUUGGUGCUGAUCUCGCAAAAGUCAAGUAUGUUCCAGCCAUGCUACGCCUUGCUCAGCUUGCACAAAAUGAACAUUCGGAUACGAGUGCUUUGGAAUGGUAUCGGAUUGCAGCCGACUGUGGCGAUGCAGAAGCAAAGUAUCAUGUGGGACUCUAUCAUCAAAUGGGUCGUGGUGGACUUGAAGUCAAUCUGGUAGUCGCUGCUGCCUAUUUUCGUGAAGCCCAAGCCAAGCAUCACAUUCAUGCCACCUAUGCUCUCGCACAAGUUUAUUGGGAACUCAAGGAUUAUAAACGUGGAUGGAUUUGUUUCAAGGAAGCAGCUGAUCGUCACACACAUGUUGAUGCUUUACGUGCGGUGGGGCUUUUAUACAUGCGUGGUCUUUCGGCUGUGAAUGAUCAUCGUGGACGUCCAUUUUCGAUUGAACAAGACCAUGAUUUGGCCAUGUCCUAUUUCAGCAAGGCUGCAAGACAAAAUGAUGAAGCAUCUAUCAUGCUUAUUGGAUCGUACUUUGAGCGAGCAUUUGGAAGCGACGACGAAGAGAAUGCAAAGGCAUCAACAACAAAGGCGACCAUGGAAGAUUUGAACAAAGCACUCGCAUUCUAUGAAAAGGCAUACGCACACAAGAUUGCCAACCCAGUACUUGAAUUUGUCAUUGGCCGCUUACACCAACGUAUGGGCAACAUUGCAUCAUGCUCUAAGCAAGCUGAGCUACAUUAUAGGGAAGCUUACCGAUGGUUCCAUCUCGCUGUGGAUCAACCGCAAACACGUGAUUUGGCGAGGACAGCAUUGGCAUAUUUUCAUUUAUAUGGAUGGGAUCCUGAACAUCACAACCCAAGCCUUGGAUUUGAUCAAUUGUUGAAAAUCGAAUCGGAAACCGAAGAUGUUGAAGUUGUACGCCAGGUCAAAAUGCAUAUUGCACAAUGCUAUCAAGAUGGGAAAGGUGUCGAACGUGAUGCAUCAAUGGCUCUGCUCUAUUGGAAACAGCUUUGUGCGUUGGAUGUCAAGGACGCGAUGCACGCUGUAGAAGCACUUUAUGCUGAAGGAUUUGCGAGUCAACAAGAUGUUGAUAGUGCCAGGGAAUACUUUCAUGCAAUAGAUGAUCGAGUAGAAACACAGACCACCAUCUCUACAACGUCCAGCUAUUCUUUACGCGGCAGCAUAGCUUAA